UUCAGUAUUUACUGUUGGAUGAAUAACGCAGAGAGGAGGAACUGUCGUGAAUACAGCCUGAAAUCCCCCAAAUUUAAAAAGGGGCCUUGCCAGUUCAACGGAACGUGCAACUGCUCGACCAAAUUUUAUCCUGUUCUCGGGACAAGUUUCAGUGUGACGCUUCACAAAGGGAGUGAGGAGCUGGGCUCCAAGGAACUACAAGUCCAUAAAAUCUGGAGGCCCAAAACCCCGACCAUCACCUCAGUGACUCAGUCACGAAACGGGAACUAUGAGGUCCGGUGGAAUAACAACUACGAAUUAACAGCAAUCUACGAGUUUUUGUCCUAUACGGUGACAUACGGGAAAAAAGGAGAGACGCCUCAAAAUUUCACAACAAAGGACAUGUACUAUGAGAUACCUGAGAACAAGCUGGAGCCAAAUACGAUAUACGUGGUCAGCGUCCGAACACACACAAACCUCAAUAACAGGAUCAGCGCCCGCAGUGACAAGUAUGAAUUCAAAACCUCUCUCUCCCCGUACAUGAUACUGAUGCUUGUCAUCGCCAGCCUGAGUGUUGCUGCCAUCAUCAUUACCACCUUUAUGUUUAUCUACUGUUCUCGGAUCAAGGAGAAGUUGUGGGAUGAAGUUGCCGAACUUCAGAAUCCAUCAUUCUUCAAUAUUCAUCCAGGUGAACCGAAGAUCUUGCAGCCUCCUGAGACCAGUUUCUCCAAGCUCCUUGUGCUCCCCUGUGACUCAGACGAAGACGCCUCGUGGUCAGAUGAUUCACCAGCAGACACCAGCAGCAGUGGGGUGCACCUCGCCGGCUCUUCUGAUGGCCCCGUCAACGUGGCGCCCAACGAUAUCAUUGCCAGCGUUCGAGGGGCCCUCCGCAUGGUCCUUCCCCAGCACGCCGUGACGUCAUCAGCGAGCGACAGUUUCCCCACAGUGUCACAGAACGCCAGUGGUUUACUCUCCAGAGGUGUUGCCUUCAAAACGUCUCCUGGACUGUUUGAUUUGGGCGACACGUCCCGCUCCGGCUCCGACCGCCAGCCGCCAUCUGUGAUGUCUUCUGACUCCGCCUACCAACAGAACCAGGGUCAUUUUUUUGGGAGAAACAUCAGUCCCGAGCAGCAGGCUCUGAGUUCUGGGCAGCUAUAUGAAAACCGACCAUGUGUUCCAUCUUGUGUGCUAACAAACUCUUUGUGGAAGCUGCCCGGUGCAGAGUCUGCAGGAGACUCCGGUCUGUCAUCCGUCUCUGGUGGCAUCAGCACGUCUGGGUCUGGUAAUGUUGCUUCCAUCACCGCGGCUCGUCUUCAGAGCGACGAUCAGUCAGUCAGCCGUGUCAUAAACCUGACCGACUUGACCCAGGACGUGUGCUGUGAAUCCAUGAAGCCCUGUGCCGGCGGUCUGCCCGCAGUAUCACACACUUUACCCAUAACUCAUGACUAUCAAGCUUUUCAAAGCCUAGUGACCCAGCCGGGCGUCUCUGUGGCAGAGCAGAGCACAGGAGGGGAGCGCCAGCUGGACCAGCAUCCAGAGGAACGCUCCAACGACAUCUGCCGAGCCUCCUUAGAGCCGGUGCUUCUAGAUUUUAGUUACGCCCCCCAGUGUCCCUUUGUCUUACCUCUGUCUGCCGACCUCUCUGAGGCCGUGCUCACUGUCAGCGGCUACCAGCCUGUGUAGGCUGAGGCCUCCAUCAGACUGCAGGAGCUUUGAAAUCCAAACCCAAUUGGAAGUUGAGUUGCAUCACACAUAUCAGGCGAAUCUUCACAGAUGUGCUUCUCACUUUUGCAGCAUGCACACACACUGCAAAAUUAGAGUAAUAAUGGUGCAUCACACACUACACACACACUAAAGCCUUUCCCCAUCUCACCUGCCCAACACACCUGGAAUUUAAACCCUAAAUAACAAACUUGUUAUUUUACUAUUAAAGUAUGUUAUUAUUAAACUAUCAGGGCGGCCCUGAUGAGUCUUCACCUGCUGGGAGGUGUAAGACUGGAUCUGUAAACUCCUCACAUCAGCAGAUAAUCUGGGCCUCACAUCAGUACCAGGGAGGGGCGAGUCGGGGGAUCAAAUCAACCCAAAACUCCUGCAGUCUGAGCCCGGCUUUAGUUGAAGACGAUAAUCACAGAAUGUGGACACAGUUGGGUGUUUUUUGCUGUUUUUGACAAUUUUAACACCGUUUCUGCGUCUUUUUUUUUUUUUUUUUUAAGAUAAUGAACAG